AUGGAUGCUGUACUAACGACGACAUCGUACCUACCGAACAUUAGUUAUACUUUACUGGCUAUAAUCAUUGCCAUUCUUAUUACACUACAUUAUUAUAUUGACACUAGGCAUGUGGUGCGACUUUCAUUAAAGUUACCACAUCCACCACGAUUACCCAUCAUUGGUCAUAGUCUAUUGAUGUUACAAAAAAAUCCCGAAGAUGCACUGAUCCUUCUUGUUAAACUCUGCGCUAAAUACGGUUCAGUGUUAUCAAUACUUUUUGGAACACGAGCUUACAUCUUUUUGACAGAUCCGCAAGAUCUAGAGGUUAUCUUAAGUAACCCUGAACACAUCGACAAACCCGCAGAAUACAGAUGCUUAAAACCGUGGCUCGGAGACAGCAUGCUGUUCAAUAACGGUGCAAAGUGGCUAAAAGAGAGAAAAACGGUUUUAGCCGCAUUUCGCAUGCAGAUCUUCAAGAAAUCCGUGCCGCAGUUUUAUGAGAACAGCCAGGAUCUG